AAUACUGCUGCAUUUACUGGAUUUGAUGGUUUAUUUUGCUCCAUGUAUGCUCCUAACCAUUUAUUUGAGUGAAUAUUCAAGAGCUACUAAGUCAUAGGUAGAAGCAUGCCCUUUGGAGUAAAAAUCUGCACAAACAGGUGUGAAAUCUGAUCCAAAUCAGUAGUUCCAGCUGUCCCAGGUUUAAGCUUCAGUUUCCUUAUCCUUUUUGUGUUCAAAGUUUGGUUUCUGAUAUUACAGUUUGCACAAUGAGAAUCUGCACUAUAAAGUCAUAAUUUUUCUUGCAAAAGUGAAUAACCUACCCAUUCAAAUCUGAUUUUUGAGCUUCAAUGGUAAAUAUCUGCAUUAUUAAUGUGCAAAAUUCUGAUUCAGAUCAGCGGCCUUAAGUACCCAAUGUUUUCUCUGUUGUCAAAUUUCAUUUUCCUUAAGGAUUGGGUGCUAUUGUAUGGACAUAUUUAAGCUGAAAAUUGAGACAUAUGCAUUGUUUACAGCUGAUUUUUGGAUACUAAUGAAAAGUUCUGCAUUUUGAAAAGUUAUUUUUGGACUUGUAAGCUGAUUUUUUGAGUGCAAAAUGCAAAUUUCACACUUUUUACAGCUUAUAGGUGCUGAAAUAGAAAAAAUCUGCAAUCUUUUCUUGGUGUUCAAUCUGAUUUUGAGUUCAUCAGAUGCAUAUGUGCUGAAUUAUGAUGUUUAAUAGAUGCAUAUAAGCUGCUUUGCACGUGCAUGACAUAACUAACCUUUUCAUUUACAGUUUUCUGUUUUGAAAAGGCACAAGAAUCUGUGUUUUCAGGAACCUGACUUGAGGCUUGAAAUCUGCAUUUCUUUGAAUCAGAUUUUUAGUUCGUCAAUACUAAAAGACUUGGUCUUAGUCAUGUUUUUGCAGAUUUUAGGUCCAUCGAGCACUUUAAGGAGGGAAAAGUGAUGAGUUGAUGCUGCGUAUACUUUGUUUUUUUAGUUGCAUUCCCCUCUCCCCUUUUCUCUUUACUAAGUCUGUGCUUGCUUAAUAUUUGCAUACCAUAUAGAUGCAUUGGGGACUAUGCACAUUUUAAGUGUGGGGGGAGUUGCUCAUGCUUAUGUCAUUGCUUAAAAAAAAACUUUUGGGGCAAAAUUUUUUCAAAAAAAUAGGUUUUGGGUCCAAAUAUUUUUCAUUCCUAGUUGCAUAUCAUCUUAUUUAGAGCAUUGUUUUCAAAAAUUGACCCAAAAACCUCAUCAUUUUCCUUGGGGCUUUAUUUUGAAAGAUGGCAAGUGUAUACUUUAUAAACCCGCAUUGAGUCUUAUGCUCUUUUCUUGAUAAAAAUGACCUUAAAAUGUUUGAAAUCCUUCUAGGUUACCUUAGAAUUUUGUUUUCUAGAACUGGCCAUUCACAUACUAUCUAGAUGCUGCCUAAACAACCAUUGCUUGAUGUUAAAAUCUAAAAAAAAAGAGAGAGAAACCAGUUUUAGGAGCCUCUUAUUUUUAGAAAAUUGAGUGAUUUUUAUAUUUUUAAGCUUAUUGAUGAACCUUGCUACCGCUGCUAUUAAGCCGUUCUAAACCAUAGGAUUCCGCUAGGAAACUUUUUUGUAGCAGCUUUAGAGCAUUUGUUAGAACCCAAAAAAAUCCACAUCUUAGUUUUCCAUCCUAGUAGGAUUUCUAGCUCACUUUGUUUUUAAAAUGUGAAUGAGCAUAAAGUCUUAAGUGUGGGGGUUUAAAGUUCACUUUGUUUCUUCUUGAUGAUGAUAAAAAGAAAUAAUAUAUUCCUUUUGGCCCUUGAACGAGGACGUUCAACUCUUAAGUGUGGGGGUAUUUGAUAACUCGGGUUUGGGGUAAUAUUU